AUGGCACCCUCACACGCUGUCAUACAAUUCCUCUUUGCAUCUCUGGCCCUCGGCCAGCAGGUCUACUUAGAUGCUGAGGGACCUACAGAGCGUCCUCAAUGCAAGGCCACAAAGACAAUUGAGCCCAAAUACACAUACACACCAUUCAGUUAUACUCUCUCCGAGACUGUGAGAUAUGCCACUUCGGUGCCCUCUCCUACCACCACAACUACAUACGCGGAUCCACCAGAGUCACUCAUCUCUCUCGUGCCUUCGCUGUCAUUCACAACCUGGGGUAAAUGGGACCCCAAUGCCACCACGAAAGCUUCAGAUACGGAUGAUCCGUAUGGACGAGCUGCCUGGACCGCGCUCUGGGAACAUGCAAACCCUCCCAACUUCACCGAGACAGGAAUCUUCAGCACAACUGUUUCUCCCACACCCAUUCCAAGCAGUGAGCUGAUUCUCCCACCAAGAGACUACUUCGGCCCCUCGGACUGUUACAACUUCCCCAAGAACUUCAGCUUUGGAGUCGCCAGCUCGGCGAGCCAGAUUGAGGGUGCUACCGCGGAGGAGGGCAAGGCGCCAUCUCUCAUGGACAUUCUCGUCCAAGAUGAUCGGGCCAAGGAUUAUGUCACGAAUGAGCACUAUUACUACUACAAGCAGGACAUUGAGCGAGUCGCUGCCAUGGGUGCUAAGCAUUUCUCCUUCAGCAUUGCGUGGACGCGAAUCUUGCCCUUCGCUCUCCCUGGUACACCUAUAAACCAGGAAGGAAUUGACCACUAUAACGAUGUGAUCAACUUCAUUCUUGAAAAGGGCAUGACUCCUGAGGUCACUCUGCUUCACUUCGACACGCCGCUUCAGUUCUUCGGCAGCAACCUCACCAAAGCUACCGACAAACCUGAGAUCGGGUACGUCAACGGCGGUUACCAGAACGAGACUUUCCAAGAUGCCUUUGUUCACUAUGCAAAGGUGGCCAUGGCGCACUACGCGGAUCGUGUGCCUGUGUGGUUCACCUUCAACGAGCCCCUGCUCUACUCAUACAAUGCCCUGUCUGUGAAUAACGUGGUCAAGUCUCACGCACAAGUUUAUCGCUGGUACAAGGAGGAACUUGGCGGAAAAGGCCGGAUUGCCAUCAAGUUCAAUAACAACUUUGGCGUUCCCCGGGACCCCAAGAGUGAAGUUGAUGUAUAUGCUGCGGACCAUUUCAACUCAAUUCAGCUGGGACCAUUCUGCAAUCCUAUUUUCCUGGGCAAAGACUACCCUGAGUCGUUCAGAAAGACCUUCCCCGAUUAUGUUCCUCUUAGUGAGGAAGAUCUCAAGUACAUUGGCGGCACGGCAGACUUCCUCGGCAUCGACCCUUAUACCGCCACAGUCAUCGCACCACCUGUCCCAGAUGACAAAGACAGUAUUCUUGAAUGUGCUUCUAACUCUUCUUCUACUUUCCGUCCUUAUUGCGUUAACCAAACUACCACGACUGUUAAUGGGUGGAACAUCGGAUACCGCUCCCAGAGCUACGUCUAUAUCACCCCAACUUACCUACGCAGCUACCUCAACUACCUACAUAACACAUGGAAGACCCCAGUAGCUCUCACAGAGUUUGGCUUUCCUGUUUAUGGCGAGUCUGAGAAGGAGCUGACAGAUCAGCUCUUCGAUACGCCCCGAAGCAUCUACUACUUGAGCUUCUUGUCCGAGACUCUCAAGGCGAUCUGGGAAGACGGCGUUGAGGUUGUAGGAGCCUAUGCCUGGAGCUUUGCCGACAACUGGGAAUUCGGAGAUUAUGACCAGCACUUUGGAAUACAAACAGUCAACCGUACGACCCAGGAGAGACGCUAUAAGAAGAGUUUCUUCGAUAUGGUGGACUUUAUGAAGGCACGCGGUGUCGAGUGA